GAAGGACUCGCUUGUUCCCUACAAGACAUGACGACAUUUUCACCUGACAUCAGCCUCACACUCGGACGUCGGUGAUGCUGUCGGUCGCUGGACUUAUGCCCUGGUCGUCGGGAUAGGGACACGGCACCCCCAAAAAACUCCAUUGUCAACCAUGAAAAACUGCGAGUAUCAACAAAUCGACCCGCAGGCACUUCCGACUCAAACCCCUCCACCUCCACCUGCACCCCAUCUCCAAGAAGAGGAAGAAGAAGGAGAAAAGAGAGAGGAGCCGAAAAGACCGAGGAGAAAGUGGGAAGUUUUCCCCGGGAAGAACCGCUUCUACUGUGAUGGACGGAUUAUAGUGGCCCGGCAGGGUGGGGUCCUGCCCCUCACCCUGGGCCUUAUUCUCGUCACAUGUGGAUUAUUCUUUGUAUUUGACUGCCCCUUCCUGGUCAAACACCUGACAAGCUGCAUCCCAUUUAUUGGUGGUGGCUUGUUUAUAUUUGUGGUCAUCACCCUGCUCCAGACCAGCUUCACUGACCCGGGCAUCCUGCCCAGAGCAACACCAGAUGAGGCUGCAGAGAUCGAAAAACAGAUUGACACCACUGGAAACAGCAGCUAUCGGCCUCCACCGCGCACGAAGGAGGUCGUCAUCAACCAGCAGGUGGUGAAGCUUAAGUACUGCUUCACCUGCAAGAUGUUCCGACCUCCACGCACCUCCCACUGCAGCCUGUGUGACAACUGUGUGGAGCGAUUCGACCAUCAUUGCCCCUGGGUGGGAAACUGUGUGGGAAAACGCAACUACCGUUUCUUCUACACCUUCAUCGUGUCCCUGUCCUUCCUGACGGCGUUUAUCUUCGGCUGCGUGACCACACACCUCUCACUGAGGGCCCAAGGAGGAAAAGGCCUGGUGUUUGCUCUGCAAGAGAGUCCUUUCACUGCAGUGGAGCUGGUGAUAUGUUUCUUCUCAGUCUGGUCCAUCUUGGGCCUCUCAGGCUUCCAUACUUACCUUGUUGCUUCCAACCUCACCACUAAUGAAGACAUUAAAGGCUCCUGGUCAGGGAAGGGUGGAGAAGAUGUCACCAACCCAUACAGCCAUAAAAACAUCUUUAUCAACUGCUGUGCUGUGCUCUGUGGACCCAUGCCGCCCAGCUUGAUUGACAGACGAGGUUUCCUGCCCUCGGAUGAGUCUGUCCAGACGGCGAGUGUGGACAUCGAGCUGCCCACCCAGGCCACUAAAAGCGAGAUAAAUGUGUGCACACAGGGAACUAAAGGUCUGCUGGAGUCAGCCACACGCUCGCCGCUCAUCUCCACGUCCUGUCCUCAGGGGAAACCUCAGACAGCUCAUACCUGCCCGGACAUCAGCCCCGCACUAAACCCUGAUCCCUCACCUGAGGUCUCCACGAGUUGCGGGGCCCGUCGUACCACUCACAGAGAGAACUCUCUGCCACGUCACACCAAGACUCGGUCAAAGAAAAGCAAACGAGAAGCGUUGCAUAUUCCCAACCCGGUCUUUGAUGUCCCUGUUUCCCCUACCUCUCUGGACGCUGGCCCCAUCUCCAAAUCUGGGGACGACAAAGAUGCCAGCUUUACCCCUUUGCACUGACUUUGUUUGAAGCUUGCAUGCUGUAAAACAGUCAUGAUUCAAGUUGUUAGGACUCGUUUUUUUUUAAAUAUUAUUCAUUGGUUUUCUGAAACUGCUGGGUCUUGAUAUUGUGAAUGAGGAUGACAAUCACAAAGAUAAUGUAUGUGUGUGCUCAGUUUGAUGUGAAAAUAGAAUGGAUGGCGUUUAUUAUGCUGGAAAAGGAUGCAGCUGGAGACACUGGUACUGAUUGGGCCAUUUGUCUUUCUGAUGAUUUACAUGUAAAACAGGAAGUCUAGCAGCAUGCCAGAUACACUGAAUAUUGAAAAAAAAAAACAUUUGAUUGGAUGUAUCAAGGGAGCUGAGAAACUGUAUGGAUGAAAGUUGCUUCUAAAGGUAACGUCCAUCCCAAAUAUAUAGAACUCACAUGUGUUAUUUCUAUAACAUUGUGGGGGCUUCGUUUAUAGUGUGAUCCUGAGACCGUUUUUCUCCUAAAGCUGUACAGCACAGGGACAGUUUGUACUGAUGAUGUCAUAGUAAUACAGAUAGGCAGUGAAUAAUGGAAGACGUUAUAGCAUCCAUGGAGCUCUUUCCAGGAUAUGAGGGACAUUUUUCCAUUUAUACCUGAAAGCUUAUUCUCAUAUCAAAGUCCUUUGGUCGAAAAGACGGAUGACAAGCUACAGGAAAAGGCGUGUUGGUUUCCAUUUGUAGUCCAAGUAUAGUCAUGUCUUCAGCAAUCCCAGAACCAGCUAUCAUCUGACAACAAUAAAGCUUCUGAUUCAUCUGUAUUGACAAAUAUCUGCAAAUAAGUACAGAUGUAAGUCUGGCAAUUGUUGCUGCUUCACUAUAUCUCCAGUAUAUGGAAAAGAAAGUUGGGCUCCGGAUUUCUUCCAUCAUGCUGAUUAGAUUUCCAUCACUCAGAGACUGAAGUUUCUUUAAUCUGAAGAUUCACCUCAUUCAUUUAGGCCAGUGGCUCUCAACUGGUCUAGCCUCAGAACCCACCACCAGCUCCUUCAAUAAAAAUCGCAACACAAAUUUCAGAUAUUUUUCAACCAAUAAGAUUUGUUCAAUGAAAAAUUGGACAUCAGACAGUAAUACAACGAGACAGAACCAAGAAACAAAACAUACAUUUUGGAAAAGCGUUUCAUAGACUUUUUUUUUGACACAGUAUUUUUUUCCAGGCACACAUUAGCAACCCACUGAAAAUGGCUCUGCGACCCACUUUUGGGUCCUGACCCACCAGUUGAGAAACAUUGAUUUAGGCUCUCAUAUUAACAUUUUUACUGUCCCUAACAAAGGUGUAAGGGUCUAUAAGGUUUGCUAGUCAUGGUUGAUAGAUCAAUUCCAAAACUGUCACAAGAUGUUAUCGUCACAGCCUUCUGUGUUUAAUUAUCUUUGAUGUUCUUUCGUUGGGAAACACAUGUGAGUUCUGUUUCGGGUGGAGUUUCCCUUUAAUUGGGCGACCAGAGCACAGUAUUUUAAACAUGUAUCAGUUGCAUCAGUGUUCAGAUUUCUGUUCUUUAUUGUUGGCAGGGAAUGCGUCUGCAUGAUAAUGACUAUAGUGUAUAGUUUUUAUUUAUUUUCAUCCACUCUGUCACAGAUACACCUGAGAGGUGGAAAGGUGUGAUUUUGAUUCCUGAAUAAGUAUGUGUAACUAAGGUGAGGGAGUAAUGUCCAUUACCGUGCUGCUCCACUUCCUCUUGUGUUAAUAAUGUCACACAAUAGCUGUGUCUCAAUUCAGGGGUCGCAUCCUCUGAAGGACCCCAGCCUACAAAGGAUCCAGACUUCGUAGCCUGUGCAGACUGCUCUGGCUGAGACCGUCAGAGGAUUUGUCGUUCGCAUCACCAGCUGUUCGUUACUAAGCGCCGCCCCUGUUUUCUUGAAACCUCGACUGCUGCACCGGUUCCAGCUAACUUAACUAACGUUUGAAUUUCUAUACUGAUUAGAGCUCUCAAGAACUGCAGUCAAUGUUGUGCUUUGCCUCUGUGCAAUGCCUGUCAGCACCUGUGUGUCCAAUCGGACUCAAAGCUGUUCGUUUGCUCUUACUGACAUUGUUCCCUCUUUUCUAGAUCUUUGCUUGUGUUGUACUUACUCUCUGAUGUACGUCGCUUUGGAUAAAAGCAUCUGCUAAGUGAAUUGUAGAAUUGUACAAUGAAUUGUAGGAUAUGUUGAGCCAUGAUGCAGCUGAUGGAUCCUUUGUUGGCUGGGGAACGAAUUUGUUAAAAGGAGCCUUUUGAAUAGGACAGCCCCAUAGACUGUGUAUAAAACAUGGACAUACUCUCAGUGAUGUAACCUUUUGGUUUCUGAAGUAGAGAUGGCUGUCAACUUAAAUAAUGGAAAUGCUGUCUCAAAAUAUCUUUCGGUCAAUCUAGUAACAGUAGAGGUUUGGAGCUGAGGCGGGCCUUAAGCCCGUCAAUCAGAUCAGCCACGCCCCUUUUUAUGAAUGAUUCUUCGCCCUAAUAUCCUCAAAAUGGACGAGUUACAAGCCAGACUGUAAACAUGUUUAUUUCGGUCAUCUUUGAAAGGAUUUGUUUGUUUCUUAUUGGGCUCUUUCUGCUGGCCUCAAGUGGAUACUCGGGGAACUGCAAGUUUUUUUUCCAUUGGCUUCUUUUUUCAAAACUGGAGGUCGUUGCUUGGAAAGCCCUCAGUGUGCUGCUGUGACAUAAUAGGUCUUUAAAUUUUCCCUCCAGAGGAUGAGGCCCCUAAAUGGAGCCACAGCUAAUGAUUGAAUCUGUUAAACCUUGAAUUCCUGCUCUUCAGUUUGUAUCAACAUUAAUACCUGUUCUCACCUCUGUACUGUAGGACUGUUUUACUUUGCUCACUUUGACAGAUCCACUUACACGUUUGUAAAGGUGACUGUUGGUUUGUUCUCAGGUGGAAAGUCGUGGGUUUUUUGGUAUCCCAAAUGCAACUUUUAUGUGACAAGUAUUAUAUUAAAAACCACAUUUUAACCUGAUGGCAAUAGCUGCACGAAAAUGCAAUGAUCCAAAUAACCAUGCACACUUGUACACCCUCACUGUCAAUCAGUAGCUAACCUAACAAGAGUGUUACUAUUUGUGGAAAACUCACUUGUUGUGCAACAUUUUCUGUGUCAAAUGUCGUCCCAACACCUUCUGGAUGCUGGUAGGAAAGAAUGCAGGCGAUGCAUUUCUGAGGAGGAACAUGAUGUAUUGUAUUUGUAUGAAUCGUAAGGUUAUUUAAAGCCUAUACUCCUGUCAAAAUAAAGGAAAAGGAAAAUAAAAUUCA